AUGAGUGGUAUGCCCAAAAGUAGUAAAAUGUUACAAUACAUUAAUUAUAGAAUGAGAGUAACAAUUCAAGAUGGUAGAGUUAUUGUUGGUAGAUUUUUAGCAUUUGAUAAACAUAUGAAUGUUGUUAUUUGUGACGCAGAGGAAUUUAGAAGAAUUAGACAAAAAGGUAAAGAGGAUAGAGAAGAAAAGAGAACAUUGGGUAUGAUUUUAAUUAGAGGUGAAACUGUGGUUUCAAUGUCAGUUGAGGCACCACCACCAGAGGAAGCCAAAUUAGCAGCAACCUCAAAGAUGCCACCACAAAUUCCAGGUGGUCCUGGUAUUGGUAGAGCCGUUGGUAGAGGUAUGCCAAUGGGUGGUAUGGGUAUGGGUGGUAGUGGACCAAUGUCAGGUUUGACUGGUCCAGUUAGAGGUGUUGGUGGUCCAGCUCCACAUUCAAUGAUGCCAGGUGGCGGUGUUCCACCACCAAUGGGAAGAGGUGGUUUCCCUCCACAAGGCUUCCCACCAGGUGGCCCAUCACCACAAGGUGCUUUCAAUAAUAAUCCAAAUAACAAUAAUGGCGGUCCACCACAAGGUUUCCCACCAGGUGGUCCAAUAGGUAGAGGUGGUUUCCCACCACAAGGUUUCCCACCAGGUGGUCCAAUGGGUGGCCCAAAUCUCAAUAAUGGUAAUAUGCCACCACAAGGUUUCCCACCAGGUGGUCCAAUGGGUAGAGGUGGUUUCCCUCCACAAGGUUUCCCACCAGGUGGCCCAAACUUCAACAAUAUGCCACCACAAGGUUUCCCACCAGGUGGACCAAUGGGUAGAGGUGGUUUCCAAAGAAAAUAA